GAUUGUUUACACAAACUCUUCACUCCACGCGAGUGAUGGUGUACUAUUGUUGUACCAUUUUGUGGAGUAGCAAGGAUUCCACUCUGAUUUUGUUCAUAAAGUUUUAAUAGUAGAUUAGUAAUGUCUGUCAUCUGAAGGACAUGAUAGUCUAUAUCCUGCUCAAGUAAAGUGGGACACGAAAUCAGAAUUAUCUUACAAGUUACAAAGGCUCAAAGGUGUCACGUUGAGAUAGGGCACUGAACUUCAUUUUUCAAAAGUUUGCGAUUUGCGGUAGGCCGGUAGGUUAGUUUAGAUUCUACUUUCUCGCGUUUAAUUCAGGGGGAGGACUUUCGUAGCGAGCGAUCACUCUGAACUCUAUGAACGUAAUACUCAAUGGCCAUCAAAAUCAGUAUGGAAGACCUAAAGCCAGUGUUUUUCUAGUCUUGUAACAAAUGAUGAAAUUGCCGUGGUUUAGAUCUGUUACGUGUACAUGAUUCUCUGAACUCCAGCGCAAAGUUUUGUCUAGAUCUAGAUCUAGAUCUAGGCCCGACUGGAAUUAAACACGAGAAAGUAAACAAUUGCCCGAUAUUCCCCAACCCCAGAUCUGGGUCUGGACAAUUAACGCACGGCGUAAGAACAGAUCAUAAGCCUCUUUUUUAUGUGUUCAGAAGAUUGUUCUAUCUCUAUCCGUCAGAGUCUGACAUGUCUCAGUGUGUGUGGUGUGGUGUGGUGAACAGUGGUGGGGUGUAGCAUACUGUCUAAGUCUAGAGUUGGAGCUAUUCAAACCUAGAUACGCAGUGGCUACGUCUGCAGGCUACGUUCAUGGUGCACAUAGUUGGCAGGCUACGUUCAUGGCGCCCUGAAUGCAGUUUGCAGGCGUUGUUGAGGCUACGUUUACAGCACAAAAGCUUCAUUAAGGGGGAGCGUCCACUGCCGGGUUAAGUCAGUUGGUUUUAGUCUGUGACGACAGUGACAUAUUAAAUAUUUUGGCCAGCUUCAAGUGUUCCAUCCCAUGAGAUGAAGGAAAACAAAGCGCCCUUACAGAAUUAAAGUCGGGAUAUGGGAUAUAUAUGGAAAAUUGGAAUACGGUACAAGGGAAACAAGAGGAACAUGGGUCAGCUGACGUCACGACAAGAGCUGAUCAGUUCAGAGGUCAGUAACCCGCUCAUGCGCAACUGGCUGUGUGCAAAUUUGGCUGUGAGAGAAGCAUCCAAUGCCCUCGCCAGAUAUGUACAUUUGAAGAUAUCUCUGAUGCACAAAGAGAUGCAGAAAUCUGUUGGUGAUUUGCCUGUGUGUGUUUUCAACUGCAGCAAAAGAGAAUCUGCUUGGUGCUCUACAUGUGAAAGCUGGAGGAGCCACAUCCUGGCGGCCUGUGAGAGAAACUACAAGAGUCAUGUCAACUGGUCCCGUCUGAACUCUUCCCAGUGGUCUCUAAACCCCUACGAAGUCGGAAGGGCCUUUAUCCCAAGGGCACAUAGACUUUAUUACAAGUCGGCGGAAUUUCACGAGGAUUUUCGCUUUUCUUUAAGUUUCUUGGAAAACUGCGAGGAGGUUCUCGUGCGCAGAUCUUUGUGUGAGAGGGCGUGGCAGUGGCGAGGGAAAGUCCUGAGGAAGAAAGGAAUCAUGCGGCUUGGGUCGCAGGAGCUAGAGUCGUGCAUUUCGGUGCUGGUGAGUCUGGUCUCUGUGUCGGAACUGCCGGAGAGAGAGACGACGAUCGACAAGCUGAGGAGUCUGAUGAGAGAUUCAGACGAGGAGCACGAGGGUUGUGUUGUCAUGUAGAAACCAAAAACUGGUGAGAUUUUUGCCUGUGCCUUUCAAUCUUUCGGUUGCUUCCAUCUUUUUGAAACCCGUACAACACCUGACUAUUUGUAGCCCUCACUUCCCUGUGGUCCAGGAAAUACUGGAGUCCUUGACCUCUCAGGCCCAGCCACUACAAACAGUAGACUACAGUUUAUGACUGUAACUUUUUGUCGCCAAUAAAAAACCCCAAAAAUUC